UGGCCCACCAUUCGUUCGUUGUUGGUCGGUUCGUGCGGUUCGACGUUCAAACCCCGGUGUGUCCGUUCCAGCACGCACGUAUCACAAACAUCUCCGACCACCGAAGUACCAACUCCGCCCGUCCAGUGUGGAAGAGUCGCGUGUGUAUGUGUAGCUCGUGAUUUUUUUUCUUCUUACUAUGUUUUGCUACUGCCGACUGCCAAACGUGUACCAAACCACGGUGGAACUGUGAGCAUUGGGCGUCGCGAUAUCCCCGGAGCAUCCCCGCGUCGGUUGUUUGAAGCUCUCCACAACACUCUCGCCCAGCUCUCAUGCCUUAACGUGCCUUAACAGUUCCAGCCCUCCGGUGUGCCUGAUGUGUGUUGGAGCAACGAAAGCGAAAACCUCCAUCAAAACCCAUACCGCCAACACGGGGGUUCCCUUACGGAGAUCUUUCGAGACCUGGCUGCUAGCUUAGGCCACGGCGCUCGUCUGGAAGGCUCGCCUAGAGCAUUCUGCAAAAGCUGCCUAGAAAAUCACGCGAAACCCGUGUGUGGAGCAAAACCCCCUCGCGAAUCGUGUUUAGUGUGGCGUCUAGUGUUCGGUUUGUGUUAGCUGAAGGAAAGGUGGCUUUUGUAGCAAAUUUUUGUCGAUCUCUGAUCCUCCCCAAUGUGAAUGUGCGACACAGCUGGUUGCAAGUACCUGUGUGUGUGUGUUGAUGUGUGAUGGCCAAGUGAAAUGAGGGUGCAGCACAAUAUAGCCAGGCUCCAAAACAGGUCUGUGUCGUUCGUGUCGGCAAACCUAUCAAGAUUGUGGCCAUUUGACCUGUGUGAUGAGGCCAGCAGAGUGUGGCGUCAGGGAAAAAAAGGGUGCCUUCUAAUUGAAUUCAGUUUGUGGGCCGGUGUGUGACCAACGAGGUAGCAAGUGUGUUGUCACAGGUGUGUUUUAACUAUUAAUAGUGCAAAAGGGCAUAGCCCAAUAACGAGGUGUCCUAUAUAUUCCACUGCCCCGUCGUGAUGUCUUCUUACCCGUGCUUUUGGAGGCGUAUAGAGUUGGUGAUGUGAUGGGUGUUUGUUCAACUUCGUCCAAGCAUUACUUUGAGAAACUUGACGUUACAACGAAGUAAUCGGAUUCAACCGUAAAAGAGAAUGUCCGCCAUUGAAUACAGUACUUAGCAAGGACAUUCUUCUUCGUAGAGUUUAAGUGUAUAGCCACGACGUGAACUUGGUCCUUAAGCAACUCCAACACUUUAGGAGUCUGUGUAGCUAAACGUAAGUCUACUAACUACUACUACAACCCAAAUCGGAAAACCGGAUCAUCAUGGCAGCCGUAGUGUAUGGGAACAGUCCGCGGCACAGCAGUCGUCACCAUCAGGGUCAUCUGCUGUCACAACACUCACCGUACCACACGCAGUCAGCGAAUGCUGGCCAGCAUCAUUCACUGCCACCACCGCCCGGACACCAUUCCCACCACUCGUCCGUGUCGCCCCCGUCGCAGCAGAUCAUCACACCUCCCACCUCGUACCUUUCCUCCGCCACGACUGCCAUCUCGUCACAGCAGCCGGGUGGUGGUCAGCAGCAAUCAUCGUCCCAACCAUCCUACUAUCAUCAUCACCAUUCGCAAUCGGUCUCGUUGCCACCGCAGCAUUCGCAGACGCUCAGCAGCUACCAUCAACUGCGCAGCUCGAAGCGAAAGUCGGCCGUAGAGCUGCUGGCCGAAAGUAAACCGUUCUACGUCAAGUCGGAAACGGUGCUCGAUCGGCAGCAGCAACUGCUGAACAAGCGUUCGAGCGGUGGUAGCGGUAGCGGUGGUGGUAGUGGCGGUAGUAGCGGUGGUGGUGGCGGUGGAGGUGCAUCGCAGCAGAGUAGAGGCGGUGGGGGGGAUGGUGGAAGUACGGGCACGCUCAGCGGAUCGUCAGACAUGGUAUCACCGUCGAGAACACUGCCAUCGUCCGCCGUCAGUCAGGCACUUCAGCAACAGGUGCAGCAGCAGCAGCAACAGCAGCAAGCACAACAACAACAGCAGCAACGACCAACUAACCGCCGGAGCGCUUCCUCCGGUUCCGAUCUGCUGCAGACCAAGCUGCGCAAGCUGCUGAACGCCGCCGACAGCAAAGAGACAAUAAUGCCCCCGGUCGACGUAGGGCUGAUCAAUUCUAAAUACGGCCAACCGCUGGAAACGAGCUACAUCGGCACGGGAAUGGUCGGUGGUGGUGGUGGUGGCGGCGGAAUUGCCGGCAGCCUGGAUGAUAUCGGGUACAUACAGCCGCCGAAAAACUAUCAGCAGCAGCUGACCGUACACCCGGAGCAACCCAGCGACGUGUCCGUGUUCUUCCCAAGUGCGUUCUUAUCGCCCCAGUCGCUGCCGCCCCAUCCGGGCGGUGAUGACGAUCUGUAUCUGUACGGUGGGCUGCACGACAGUCUGGUGCUGACCGAUGAUUACCGUGCCAUUAGUCCGCCGGCGGAGUAUGCGGAGCAGCAGCAGCAGCAACAGCAGCAUGGCGGCUCGCCUGAGAGUAAACAUCCUAUGGGAGGUGGUCAUAGUCGCUACAACUACCAACGAUCGUACUCCCACUCCCAGGCCGUGGUGACAGGUUCCGGCCAUCAUCCGACCGACGAGUCCGACUACUCCCCGACCCAAUCGUACAACAUCAACAGCCACAAGUCGCUGCCGGAUCUUCACUCGCAAAGCAGUCGCCAUUCACCGCACUCGGAAGCACUGAGCUGCUGCAGCCGGGGCAACCGGUCCAACCGUUCCGGUAGCUCCUUCAACCGUGAUUCGGGCGGUUCCUCGGGUCACUACACGCACCACAGUGAACCGUGCUGCAAGCAGCAGCAGCAGCAGCAGCAGCAGCAACAGCAGCACCAACAGCACCAAUCAUCCCACCACCAGCUGUCCCACCUUCCCCACUCCCAGAUGCUCAUGCAGCAGCAUCAGCAACAGCAGCAGCACCAUCCCCAGCACUACUCCUCGCAUCACUCGCAGCAGCAGCAGCAGCACACCCUAUCGCAGGGUGGACAGCAGGGCAACGAAUCGAUGAUGAUGCUGGGCGACUAUCGGCGCGACAGUGGCUCCUCGACCCAGCACAGUGGCAACUCGUACUACGCGUACGGCAUACCUCCGCUGCGCUAUGACUGCAUCGAGUGUCGGGCAAAAAUACGCGAGGAAGCGGACUGUCUGCUCAACUUCACCACACCCGAGGUCCCGGAAGCGUUCCAGGAUGGGUACAGCGAGAAGCAACACCAGCUUCAGCAGCAACAGCAGCAGCAGCAGCAGCAGCAACACCACCACCAGCAACAGCAACAACACUCAAUGUCCAAGAGCAGUCAGCACGCGAAAUACUACGAUGAGUCGCGUGGCCGGAAGUACGGCUACAAGAACGUUCCGGGUCCGCCGAUGUCACCACUCUCGCCGGUAUCGCCACUAUCGCCACCGGACCAGCAACAGUCGCAGCUAGACCUUAGCCCACCGCUCGGUACGUUCAAGCGGCAAAAGUGCUUACGGUUCAAGAACCGUAGCGGACGUCAGUCGGCCGUCAGCAACCCAUCCCCAUCGUCAGCCGGUGGACGGUGUGGACCCGGUGGGCCCGGUUCGAGUGCGAGUGCCGGUGCCGUUGGAGGCAGCCAGCUCGAUGACGAUCGCCGACCGAUCUUACGCUCCAAGAGCGACAUCAGCGAUCGCUACUGGAACCGCAGCCAGCCGGAGCGAAGUCUGCCGGUAACGGCGGCCGAUGUUCGUGAUCACCGUGAGCGACGGGUGGAUCGGGAACGGGAUCGUGAUAGGGAGCAGCUCGAGAAGCAACGAUCCCGCUCGGACAGCCUUACGCAGCUCGAGCGCUUCUUCGAUCGGCUCGGACUAGACGAGGAAACGUACGAUCGUUACAUCGCACCGAAGAGUACGCUCCAGCGCCGUUCGUCCGGUUCCUACCAUCAUCAUUCGCACCACAACAAUUCCGCCUCGUCCGACAUACACCGCCUUUCGGACGAUUGCUCUGCUGGUGGUGGUGGUGGUGGCGGUGGAAGUGGUGACGGUGGUGGUGCCGGUGGUGCCGAUUCCGAUGAGUCUAGUGCCGUCUUCUUCUCCGACGUGUCCACCAUCGAUUCGACCAAGCUGCCAGAUAGUACGGAAACGGGUAACGCUCAGCUUGGUGCUGCCGCCGGACCACAGCUGCACGGAGCUUCGGGACCAACAUUGGGAGCCGCUGUCACUGGCGGUGGUCAGGGAACGUUGGCGGCUGAUGGUGCGCUACUUGCUGGUGGGGGUCCUCCGGCACCGCUCUACCGUACCAGCGAACCGCCGUCCAUUAUCGAGCGUAACGCGCGCAUCAUUAAGUGGCUGUGCAACUGCAAGAAGAUGCAGCUGGCCUAGGGCCGACGGCACCGGAGGCGAACGCCGCCCCGGUGGUCCCCGCCGACCGACCGUGCCGCCGGCUACCGGCGACGGAAUUGAGCUGUGACGGUACGCGAUCCAAACCAAGCCAAAGACAAGCACGGAACUCGAGACCCACCCGGCGAGUAGCACUCAUCAGCAGUCAGGAGUCCGUGUCCGUACUUAGCCGGACGGGACCACGGGUUCGGGAAAAUACGUAGCAAGAACUAGUAACUAAGGACCGAACGGAGGUUCAUAGUUCGCUGCUAGGAAUAGCUAGCACGGGAAGCUUUCCUACCUUUGUGAGGUUAAGUAAAGGGUAGAUGCAACGGUGUGACUUAGCGAUCGUUUGAUAGAGUACACGAGAUACACGGACACACACUGGGAACGGCCUGAUUCGCACUACCCGGCUAUGUACUAGGGAGAAUCGGGUUGUGUUAGGCAAAGCAGGGUUUACCGGGCAGAACAUCAAGAUGGCGUACAAUAAUUAAGCAUUAUUCACUAGCGCACUAGGAAGAAGAGACUUUGGGGCGUAUUAGAUUUUUGUCCCCGGGGUUUGUUUAUAUUAUUUAAAACAGGUACUAGAUGAGUCUCCCUACCUUACAGGACAGAACACUAGUACUGCAUUGCAUGUUUGUGUGAGAUACUCGUAUGAAUAGGGGGAUUAUAAGUAAGGUUUAAAAUUCUAUGGUUCGUGGAGCAAACACCAUCCCAUCCAGGCAUGGGAUGGGAAAAAAAAUCGGGGCUAUGAAAAUCGUGCAAGCGAAAGGAUUGAUCGUAAUUGUCGUCAAUUUCGUCACUAGUACACUACUUAACCACUAACACCUAUACUUCCAUUUGACACAACACAACGACACCUUUCUGUCACUCUCUCUCUCUCUCACACUCUAUUUCUCUCGCUAAGCUGCGCUCUGCCAAGGUAAAAGCAAAACUAGGAAAAGGUGUUUUUAUAGCGAACUUUCACCACAUACACCGUAGUUUUCCACUUUUUCCUCCUAAAACUGCCUUUCCACUCGCAAGAAGAAGAAAAAACAGAUGCGCGAUCCACUAAACAACCAAAACAAUCAUGGAGGGAAUGUUUGAGGGCAGAUCAGUUCUUGACCCACAGCCAUAAACGGACCGUGCCGUCUGCAUGUGCUAGUAGUAGUAGUAGUGCUUUUGUUUCUUCUUCUCCGCUCCGAUAGAUACUAAUAGCGAUUUUAGUGCGUUGGGCGGACGUUUCGCCCGUGCGAGCAAGUGAGGACUACUCAUGGAAUAAGACGAAUUGACGAUAGCGAAUGUGACGAAGCGCGAACCAAGCGAACAUAAUAUUUUCUAGUCUAAUUUAGCAGCCGUAAGCAGUGUAGUGUUUUUUUGAAGUGAAGGGCAGUGGAUGGUCGGAACGGUAGUGAGCUGAAAACCCCGAAAUCGUUGUAAUAUGUCGAAACAAAAUGGAAGACAAGUGUAAACUCGAGCCCGACAACGGAGAAAGAAUCAAAAGGUUCAAUCAAAACUGAAGCAUCAGAGGUCAGUAUGCAAAGCAGAAAAAAAUAAACGCGAAAAUAGAACAAGACAGAGUCGUAAAACAGUCUAAAUAAAGGUAGGUAGAAUUUGUGGUUUUGUUUUAAACUAGUAUUCACUUUACACCUUGCCGAACAGCCUGUAAAGAAAUCGAUUUUAGACGAUAAAUGCUGUACGAAAAAGGGGUAAAUAGUGCUCCAAAACCCCCGGACUAACAGACCUACAUGAGGCUCCAAAAGUAGUAGCAAACACUUAUCUAUUUUUUUUCCACAACUCGUCUUAUCAGUCAUUUUGUUUGAAAAAAAAAUCCUUAAUAGACUCCGCAAAAAUACGAAACAAAAAACCCAUACCGAAUACCGCUAAAGUGAAUCAAAAACUGCGUAUACAACUAAAAAAACACACACGAAACAAAAAUGCAACUAAUGUACGGUUUUUACACCAAUUAAUAAAUAGUACUUACGUGUGUGUGUGUGUCUGAGAGUGAAAGAAAUUAAGAAAAAAAAGCGUACGAACGAACGUUUCUGUAGCGAAAACUUAUAGAAUAGAAUCGAAAGCGCAUAACAUUACGGUAAAACACACAGAAGGAACAGAAAAGAACAAAUUCAAUUACUAGCAAACAGAAGAAGAGGAAAACGAGAAACAAAUCAAAAGGCGAAAUUUACAUUUGAAAUCGGAGAAACAUAUAGCAGCAGUAAAUUAAUGCAAAAGGACCGGUAAAACCAGUUACUAAAGAAGUUGAGAACACGACCAGCUCGCUAGGCUCUAAGCGGAGAUCAAACAACAAUUUACUACACUCACUUAACAAAAACAAAUAGACAUUCUUUCUGCUAAAAUCUGCUCCUUUAAAAUGAUACGAACGAACGAACAAAAGCAACAAAACAAACAAAAAAGCGGACACACAAUUUAAUAUUUAUCUCAACACGUACCAAAACAAGCAAGCGCAAACAAAUAACAGCAAAUCAAAACAAAACAAAAACACUACAAUAAUAUACUUCAAUCAAAAACUAGAAAUAGCUAAUACACAGCGAAUAAUAAUGUAGCAAUAUGAUAUGCAAAACAAUACAAACACACACACAGACACAAAGUCAGUCAAAGUCAGUCGAAACACGUUCACUUCAAGCUGAUGAAAAAGCGGCUCAAUAUUCGUUCCAAAUGGCAACCACAAGAGUUGAGUGAUGAGUGUGGAAAGGUGUCCAUAAUCGAGGCAAAAAGCAAGCUCGCAAGUAAUGAAACAUUUAAACACAAGCUCAGACAACACAAAACGAACAACAAGAAAUUACGGAAAACGGAAACAACUAAUCGCGAUUUCGGAAUUGUACCGUGAUGUACCAUUGCAAGAAACAUUGAAUGAGAUGGGUAGUAAAAGAUCGACAAAGAACUUAAUAUAAAGGGGGUAUACUGAGAGACAUAUUAAUAUAUAGAGAGUGCGAGAGAGAGAUAGAGAGAUACAUAUAAUAUAACGAUCGGAUACGAUGAUGAAAGGCUGGAUGGCGAUGAUGAUGAUUUCCGAUGCUAAAGAUGAUGAUCGACUACGACGGACACGACUAUAAUACUUAACACCUUAAAACCACACAAAACAAAAUGAACAAAAACAACCCUUUCUUUAUAUAGGCAUGAAUCAAUAAAUCAAAACCCGUAAUGAUGAAAUAUAUUAAUGAUCAAAAUAA